AACCAUGGUUGGAUGGUUGAACGUAUAAAUAAGCCAUGGCUAUGCUCGACUGUCAGUGAGUUGUUUGGUACUAGUGCUGGUUGAUCCUUUGUCUCCUUUUUCUGUAAAAGUUCACUCCAGCUCUUAGCUAAACGAGAGAUAUGUCGCUCUUACCUUUUACCGACUUCGACACGAUGGACCCGUUCCAAUCGCUUCAAACGUUCGAUCCGUUCUUCAACAGACAAAAUAUUGUUCCACGGUCGAUGAGACAAACGUUCCGUCGCAUGGAUCGGGAACUUGGAAGAUUGCUGUCUAGUGUCAAAGAAGACGACAAAUCAUUUCAGGUUAUGGUUGACGUAUCUCAUUUCGAUCCCAGUGAAAUAUCUGUUAAGACAACUGAUAAUAAUAUCGUCGUUCAUGCCAAGCAUGAAGAACGCAACGACCAAUACGGCACUGUAUCGCGAGAAUUCCGCCGCCGAGUCUCCAUUCCUCAAGGAGUUAAUGCCGAGUCUGUAACCUCCACUAUGUCUCCCGACGGAAUUUUGACCAUCAUGGCACCGAAAAUGAUGCUGGAAGGGUCCAAUGAACGUGUUAUUCCGAUUACGAUGACCAGCACUGCUGGAUCGACCAAUCCAUCAACACCGAUCUCUCAAAGGACUUAAAAUCCCAACUAAACUGCAGUCAAUCCAUUCACGAAGAACGAUAUUAUGGGUGUAUAAAACAAGUCUCGUUCCUAUGUUUUUCUUCUUCUGCUUCCCCUUCCGUUUGAUUGUCCAUUUUCUUUUUUCCUUACCUUUCCCUCUGAUUCUUUUGUCUUUCGCUUUCAGCUUCAACUUUCAUUUUUUUGCGUCGAUGCUGGUAUAUACCAUCAACUAAACGGACCUUGAAAUACACAAUUACCUUAAACGACA